UUUUUUACUUUUUCACCGGCAGAAAGAAGGUGCAAGUUAAGGUUGUCUCUUUGCAGUGAUGGACGGCAUCAAAAGAUACUUUGCGGUGCGAAGAGUCCAUUGGCCCUGGACCAGGACGGACGACACGCCGACUGAGUCCAGCCCGCUUAUACCGAAGGGGGAUGCUUAUAAAAUUGCCCACAGGACCACCGAGCUCCACCAAGUUGGUGCAAUUGACGAACAAGAGCCUAGAUCCAAGGCGAUCCACCCCCCCUACUACAGAUAUUCUUUCAUUGACUACUUCCUCAAGUACCUCCUGGUCCUAAGCAACUUGAUGUUCUCCGUCCUGGGCCUGCUUCUCCUCGGCUUGGGGAUGUGGGGCCUCAUCAGCAAAGAAUCUUUAUCCCAGGAGAGGAUCGGAAGCCUUGGCACCGACCCCAUGCUGCUGCUGGUGACCACGGGCCUCUUGCUGACGGUGCUCUGCCUGACGGGCUGCGUGGGCGCCUUGCGGGAAAACAGCUGCCUGCUGAAGGCGUUCUCCGGAGCGCUGCUGGUGCUCAUCACGGCCGAGGCGCUGGCCGUCAUCGUGUUAUAUAACACCCAAGAGGAGAUCGGCAACGUUCUGCGGUCGGGAAUGUUGACCGCCAUGGCCGGCUACCAGGACGAUCUGGAUCUAAGGUUCAUCACCGAUGAGAUCCAGUCCAAUCUUCAGUGCUGUGGGGCGGACACGUACCGGGACUGGGAGAUCAACAUAUACUACAACUGCUCCGCUCCAGGAAUUUUGGCCUGCGGCGUUCCGGCCACGUGCUGCCUGGACCCGAUGGAAAACGGAACCGUGUGGAACUCUCAGUGCGGCUUGGAUGCUCAAACGUUGGAUGAGUUCAGCGCUCAGAGCGUUAUCUUCCUUGGAGGAUGUAUUGGGGGGAUGUCGCGGUGGGUGCAGCAGCACGAGGGACUGAUUUGGACCGUAAUCGUGGUCGUACUGGUCGUGCAGAUCCUGACCGUGUUUGUGACCGCGCGACUCCAAGAGAGGAUCCGCUGGCAUAAACUCUACGCCUAACAGGACAUGAUGGAUGCAAUGUAUUUCAAUGUGUUCCAAGGCAAAAAGGAAUUUCAAUAUUUAUUUGCAAUAGAACAGCACACCUGCAUAAAGUUAAAGUACCACUGAUAGUCACACUAUCAGUUAUGUUGGAUCCACUAUGAACUGGACUCUCACAAUAUUAUGUCAGACCCACUCGACAUCCAUUGCAUUCGGUCUCCCCUAGAGGGGGGGUUACCCACAUAUGCGGUCCUCUCCAAGGUUUCUCAUAGUCAUUCACAUCGACGUCCCACUGGGGUGAGUUUUUCCUUGCCCUUAUGUGGGCUCUGUACCGAGGAUGUCGUUGUGGCUUGUGCAGCCCUUUGAGACACUUGUGAUUUAGGGCUAUAUAAAUAAACAUUGA